CUCGGUGAGCUGUUUGUUCCCUCGGGCCGGCAGGCUGGGCGCGCAGGGGCGCGGGCCCCCGCCCGGCGCGCAGCGGCACCAUGGGCACCGUGCUGUCCCUGUCCCCCAGCUACCGCAAGGCCACGCUGUUUGAGGAUGGCGCGGCCACCGUGGGCCACUACACGGCCGUGCAGAACAGCAAGAACGCCAAGGACAAGAACCUGAAGCGACACUCCAUCAUCUCCGUGCUGCCGUGGAAGAGGAUCGUGGCCGUGUCGGCCAAGAAGAAGAACUCCAAGAAGGUGCAGCCCAACGGCAGCUACCAGAACAACAUCACGCACCUCAACAAUGAGAACCUGAAGAAGUCGCUGUCGUGCGCCAACCUGUCCACAUUCGCCCAGCCCCCACCGGCCCAGCCGCCUGCCCCCCCUGCCAGCCAGCUCUCGGGCUCCCAGACCGGGGUCUCCUCCUCGGUCAAGAAGGCCCCGCACCCUGCCAUCACCUCCGCAGGGACGCCCAAACGGGUCAUCGUCCAGGCGUCCACCAGCGAGCUGCUGCGCUGCCUGGGCGAGUUUCUCUGCCGCCGGUGCUACCGCUUGAAGCACCUGUCCCCCACGGACCCUGUGCUCUGGCUGCGCAGCGUGGACCGCUCGCUGCUUCUGCAGGGCUGGCAGGACCAGGGCUUCAUCACGCCGGCCAACGUGGUCUUCCUCUACAUGCUCUGCAGGGACGUGAUCUCCUCCGAGGUGGGCUCCGACCACGAGCUCCAGGCGGUGCUGCUGACCUGCCUGUACCUCUCCUACUCCUAUAUGGGCAACGAGAUCUCCUACCCACUCAAGCCCUUCCUGGUGGAGAGCUGCAAGGAGGCCUUUUGGGACCGCUGCCUCUCCGUCAUCAACCUCAUGAGCUCCAAGAUGCUGCAGAUCAACGCUGACCCACACUACUUCACACAGGUGUUCUCCGACCUGAAGAAUGAGAGUGGCCAGGAGGACAAGAAGCGGCUCCUUCUAGGGCUGGAUCGGUGAGCCCUGUAGCACGCAUCAUGGCUCAAGGAUUCAAUUCAUUUAAACAAAUUUAUUAUUAAAUCAGAUUUUAUGUACAGUAUGUGUCUAGCAAAGCCACCAAGGGCCUCUCCCGGCUCACCUUCUGUCCUUGGGGUUUUCUGCAGCCCUACCAAGAACUCUGGGCACUUUUGAACUCCUGAACCUUGCGCAAAACCUGGAAGAUGUAUUCAGAGCCACCCAGGUCCCCGACCUUCUACUUGGGGGAAUUCAAAGGACUGACUUGCCUCUGCCUCCUGCGCCCUUGCUGUACCAGGGCAGGUGAGGCUGUCCGUUGCUCCCUGCACGGGAGCUGGAGAGGGGCCUCUGGCCAGUUGACCCAGGGAGGAAUUGGCGCUGCUGGUUGGGGGGCCCUUUUCUGGCUCCUGUUUUGGGUUGUUCAUUCUCUCAGAGGCUGGAGCAGCCACCCUGACUGAGCCACACAUGGGAUUCCGGGGCAGAUGCCUCUUCAAUCAAGGAGAAGCCAGCCUGGUGCAAAGGUUGUGUCCUGUUUGGCCGCGCACAACCCUGAUUUGUUCUCUUUUCCUUUUUAGGGAGAAGGGCUUUCCUUUAGUGGAGACACGGACCUUGUCCGUCAGUCCCCUUGUCCCCUGCUCCCAGCCGUGUUGGUUAAUGAGCUGGUUUAACUCAUUAAGUUCUUUUAUUUUGGGUCCCAGCUAAAAAGGUGGGGUGAAGCUGGGGACAACUCCUUUCUGGGGUGAGUGUUUCAUUAGGAUACAGCAGCUUAGUCACCCUGUGGUGAAGGCCAGGACAGCUGCAGGUGCCCAUUAUCAACAGCUUGCCUUCUGGGCAGGUAGGGGUGCCAUGCUUGACACUGAGCCAGUGCCCACCUAAGGGCUAAGGCCUCUUCUUGCUGGUGCACAUGAUAUCUUUUCUGCAGAGCUGGGGUGUGGGAUGUGGCAAUGAUGUACCCCCACCCCCACCCCUUUUAAUUUAGCGCUGUUUCCAAACAGUUCAGUUUCUUCUGAAGAGAAGCCUUGCCCCACACGGCCCAGUGCGACAGCUGGAUCUUGGAGACAAUUACAAGCUGGGAGCAGGACUCCUGAUUGCUUUGGAAGCUGAUUCUACAACUGAUCACUUGCAGCUGCUGGUUUUGGUUUCCACUUGAGUGGCUGUAAAAACACAUGAUGUGUACUUAAUCAAUUUUCUUUCUAAUUCUCCUAGAUUGGUGGCUUGGGACUUGGGAGAGGACCAAGAGAAGGCACUGAGUCUUCCUCCACGGCCCAUCACUCUGGCUUUAGGGAACAAAGACCAGUGUGAAGGCUACAGAGAAUUCUCUUCCCAGUCUGGGGGGCUGGGGUGGAGGCCGAGGAUCGGUUUACGUAGGAUUAGGUCCCAGGUGGCUGCCGAUCUCAGCACAAGCACUACUGAAGUUCACGUGAAAAAGAGCAAGCUGUGAAAUUGAGGUCCAGGUUUAAGAGGCCUGGAGCAGAGCCCACAGCCCGUGGCAUGGCCGCGCGCGUGUGGGAGAGCAUUUGCUCCAGCUGCGCCUGGAGGCCUGUGCCGAGCCCGUCCGGGGCUGCUGGACAGUCAGAUGCAGAGCUGGCAGCGACCCGGCUGCGGCGCCCCGUCUGCUGGAGCUGCCCCUCGGCCUGUCUGGCUGGCCUGCUGCCACGUGUGACCUGAGGUAGGAGGCCCUCGGGGGCAGCGGGCCCGGUGGCGUGGAAGAGGGUGGUUCGAUGCCGCAUCUCAAGAGGAGGGGCACGUGUUUGCAGCCACUUGUUCGGCUAGCUGAACUUGGCCUGAAACUGUGCCGUUAAGUCCCAUCCAUAGGAUUCCAGUUUUGUGUGUUUCCUUCUCUUUCUCCAUAUUUAUUUUUUUAUUUUUUGGAGGAGGUGCAAAUUUCAGGAGUGGCUGGGGACUAAGGAAAUGACUCUCAUUCCAUCAAUGUGAAGCCUGUCGUGUGCUCCUCCCUCCCCUUGCACUGGUCAUCAGUAUUGUGUAAAGGAACUGAUACACUUGAGUGUGCAAGCAAUGAACCCAUUUGACAUGCUGCUAUGAAGACUACUUUUAGAACAUCAAAAACAGAAAAAAAAACCUGACAAAAAGAAAAAAAAGAAAAAAACACACACCCUUUAUUCUUUAGUUGUCGCUUUUGCAGUGAAGUCGUGCAUGCAGACCAGGCGCAUUUUGUCUUAAGAAAAACCAUCUUAGAGCAGAUGGCUGUGAGCGUUACACCGUGCACAGAGCAAGUCACAGGAAUAAUCGUUCCGGAUUUGGUUUUUCUCUUCCUUGUAAAGCUGAAGGGUUGAUACAUUCUUUCCAUGCAGUUAUUAGAAGUUAGUUUCGUUCCAGCAGUUGUUAAAACUUGCAAUGAAAAAGAAAACGUGCCAUUUUCUUCACUCGGAAUUUUUCAUAGCUGUAUAUUUGAAACUGCUAAUUACACAACGUGCGAUGUAUGUUGUUUUUUUAGUGCAAUUUCUUCUGUAGCUAUUCUUUGACCAAACUGUGGGUAUUGUUAAUAUUAAUUUAUAUUUGUCUCAUUUUGUAUGUAUGUGUAGUGUGUUUGUAAGUAUGUGUGGUUUAUAAUCUGACAAGGUCAUGAAGCUCAGUUUGGCUGUAAUUUAAUUCCCCUUCCCUUAUUUUUAUUUAUUUUUGUACGUGCUGAUUAAAUAAAAUGCACUGACCAUCCAUUACAUAGACCUGUUUUGUGGGCGCAUCAUUCCUGAGCAAGCUGGGGGACUUUUUAUAAAUGACUUGUGCACUCAGAGCCUAAAUGCAUUUGUGUUGUG